AUGCGAUUGUCAGCCCGGCGGGGAGCCCUUGCUCUGCUGUGCCUGAUUGGGGUCUACAAUUUGGUCAGGCUCCUGGAGCAGCUACUGGCUUGCCAGGGGAAAGGGGCAAGACACCGGAGUGUCUCUGUGCUUGUGCAGCACAGGAAUGGGACGGAGUACCGUUAUACCCAGGAGACUCCGCUGGUGUUUGUAGGUGGGGUGCCCCGUUCAGGAACCACUUUAAUGCGGGCCAUGCUGGACGCUCACCCAGCCAUCCGCUGUGGGGAGGAGACCAGGGUAAUCCCCAGGCUCCUGGCUCUGCGGCAGGGCCUGGCGCGUGACAGUGAGGGGCGGCAGCAGCUGGAGGAGGAAGGAGUCAGUCAGGAGAUUCUGGACUCUGCCUUCACUGCUUUCCUGCUGGAAGUCAUCUCCCGCCACGGAGAGCCUGCCUCACUGCUGUGUAACAAAGAUCCCUUUACACUGAAGAGCGCCAUCUAUCUGUCCCAGAUCUUCCCCAAGUCACAGUUUUUACUGAUGGUUAGAGAUGGUCGAGCAUCUGUACACUCUAUGAUCUCUAGGCGAGUGACAAUCGCAGGCUUUGAUCUGACCAGUUACAGGGACUGUCUCACCAAGUGGAGUCGGGCCAUAGAGUCAAUGGUAUUUCAGUGUACCGUGGUGGGAUCGAAACGCUGUCUAAUGGUGCACUAUGAAGAUCUGGUGCUGCAACCGCGUACUACGAUGCAGAAUGUACUACGUUUCCUGGGUGUGUCAUGGCAUGAAGGGGUGCUACACCAUGAAGAGGCCAUAGGACAGCCAGGAGGCGUGUCCCUGUCUCGAAUUGAGCGCUCUACUGAUCAGGUUAUCAAACCAGUUAACCUGGAGGCACUCACACGCUGGGUCGGCCACAUUCCAGCAGAUGUGCUGGAAGACAUGGGGCUAAUAGCCCCUAUGCUUAGCAGGCUAGGCUAUGAUCCCAAUGCCAACCCCCCAGAUUAUGGUCAACCAGAUCCUGAGGUGUUAAAAAACACUGAAAAGAUAUUAAGAGGAGACUUCAAAGCCCCAACACAUUUAAAAAGGGAAGCCUAA